AUGACGCCCGCGGAUCCUAGGGGGACGUCUCCCCUUACGCCUGGGCUGCCAAUAAACUUGGAGCAGCGGUACCCUCAGAAGGACGACUCCCGUGUCUUUAUCACCGUCACACAAGGUCCUUUACUGUUACAGGGCUGGCCACAGAAAAGGGUGAAGGGUAUACAAUAUGAUUUCACUAAAAAUUUGGUAUAUUUUUGUAAUUGUGUAAAAUUUGGUGAAAAAUAUCUGAAGGAUGUGGAUAUAGGUGUUCUGGUUAGCAAUGUUUGAAUGCUUCAUAAUCCUCUUCCAUGCCGUUUCCUUAAUGGGUCAAACAUAGAAGAAAUGACAAAAAUAAUUUUGAAACAGAUGCAAGCAAGUCAGAAAGUUCUAAUUGUGAAUCUGUCCUCUGGUUCAAGUACUUUCCCUUGUCCAUUAUAUACAAUGUACUCAGCUACUAAGAUAACACUUCUACAACCACUACAAGCAGAGUAUAAAGCAAAGGUAAUUAUCAUACCAAUAGUGCUUCCUGAUGGUGUUUCUGCUCCAGUGACAAUGUACCAAAACCCUGAUGAUAUUACAAAAACAGCAGAGGAACUUGUUUGUGAAUCACUGGAGUAUGUCACCUUUGGAGAUGAGAUUUUUGGAUGUUUCAUCCAUGAAAUUCUGAUUGAAUUUGCUUGUGUAUAAAUGUCUUCCAAAGACUUCAGCCAAGUCUGUCUGGGCUCAGCCUGUUCUUUUCACUUUUUCAUAGACCUUGGACGUCAAACAAGAAAGAGACAAUGGGUUGUUAAAACCAAUAUGGCACCAGUAUAUGAAGAGAGGAAUAUGAAAAUAUGAAUAUGAAGAGAGGAAUACACAAGUAAAGUGUAGUGGUAAGAACAUAGUAUGGUUUUCUCUGCUUAUGAGCCUUGAGCUGAUCUCAGUUUCAUGUCUGGUUAUCCUUUAUCCUCUCUCCAGCUGCCUGUUUUCAUGACCUUGCUAAGGAAUUUUCCAAGACCUCUACUCCUUCAGAAAAAUUGGCCAGCAAUUUCAAAUGUUAUUAGUGGGGGAGAGGAAGGACAUAAAACGAGAAUGUACUGUCACAAAGACAUCAUUUCCUUGGAUACCAUGCUAACAAAAUAGAGUAAAUAUUUAUACACAGCAGCUGUUAAUGAUGAGCAUUAAAUGCAAGUAUAAGAAAGGCAACAGAUUUGCUAAAAGCAGAGGAAUUAACAUUUUCCUCUAAGAGAAAUGUAGUUACUGAAAGCCUGAAGUAAAAGGUUUUGUGGGCCUAAUAUAGGGUCUAAGAAACUUAUAUUACCAUUUUAGCAUAGUCUUGAAGGUCAGAAAUAAUUAUGGUUAUUUGAUAUUUAUGAAUAAAACGAUAAUUUGCUUU